ACUUAACCCCGCUUCACACACACAUACAUACACGCACUCAUCUUUAUUAUUAACACUAUUGCAUUUUUCUUUUGCCUUGUUUUCUUCAAUGGUCGUUGUUUGCUCGCGGAUGCCUUUGGCAGAUUUGUUGCUUAUAGCUGGACACUUCUCUAUUUUCUGAUUCUUGGACUUGGUGGCUGAUUAUCUGUUUUUGGCUGAUUUUCACUUGUAUAUGUGUUUAAUCAUUAUAGGAUUUGAUUAAAUUCCCCCCCCCCCCUGGAGAAAGUUUUGAACUUUAAUUAUGUUUGGUUUUGUCCCUGAUAAUUAUACGGAUUUUUAAUUUUCUUUUACUAUUUUGAUGAAUCUUGUUAAAGGGACUUGUGAAACUGGUUUAACCUUUUCUUGGGACCAGUUGGAAGCCCUUGUGAAGAUCACAUCAAUUCGUACCAUUUGUGAGAUAACACUUAAAACCGUCUCAUAAGCUGGUAACCCCUUCAUGAUCUUGCAUGUUAGAAGGCUCGUCAAUGUUUUCAACUUUGAUGUCUUGCCCCUGGAAACUCAUUUAGGCUCAUCUGUCUCCAAAAUCUACUUACAUUAUUUUUCGACUUCACACAGUCUCGCUGUGCAGCGUUACCCUUCUACAAGCAAUGCAUCUUCUGAUCAAGCAGUAAAAUGUGUAGAUUUUUUGAGAAAGCAUGAUGCUGAUGUUGUCAUUGCCAAAGUUCUUGCAGCAAAGAAUGAAGCUGAAGUUUUUCAGACUCUGGUACAUGACCCUGGAUGUAACACGGUACAAAUUACCCAUAGCUUGGUCACUAGGUUGCUUCAUCGUUUUCAAGAUGAUUGGAAGUCUGCAUUGGUUGUUUUCAGAUGGGUAGAAACAUGUCCAGCCUAUAAACCCUCGCCUGAAUUGUAUGAUAAAUUGGUCGACAUAUUGGGAAAGAUGAAGCAAUUGGAGAAAAUGAGGGCACUACUGGAGGAAAUGCGCGAGAACCAUCUAGUGUCACUAAAUACCAUAGCAAAGGUGAUGAGGAGAUUUGCAGGGGCAGGAGACUGGAGAGAUGCUGUAAAAACAUUUGAUGAGUUAGAAAACUUUGGCUUGGUGAAGAAUACAGAAUCCAUGAACUUGUUACUCGACACCCUUUGCAAAGAGAAGAAAGUCAACCAGGCACGUGAAAUAUUCUUGGAGCUGAAGUCACAUAUACCUCCAAAUGCAAACACUUUCAAUAUUUUUAUCCAUGGGUGGUGCAAAAUAAACAGGGUUGAAGAGGCACAGUGGACAAUACAAGAGAUGAAGGGACAUGGUUUUCGCCCAUGUGUCAUCAGCUACUCGACGAUUAUCCAAUCUUAUUGCUUCCAAAGCAACUUCAGCAGGGUCUAUGAGCUCCUUGACGAAAUGGAAGUACAAGGAUGUCCUCCUAAUGUUGUCACUUUCACCACUAUUAUGCAUUUUUUGACAAAGUCGGGAGAUUUCAAUGAAGCGUUGCAGAUGGCUGAGAGAAUGAAAUCUGUUGGCUGUAAACCGGAUACACUAUUUUACAAUGCCUUGAUUCAUACACUAGGCAGGGCUGACCGCAUUGAGGAGGCUUUGUGUGUUUUCACUAAAGAAAUGCCCCAGAAUAAAAUUUACCCAAAUACAUCGACCUACAAUUCCAUGAUCGCUAUGUUUUGCCAUCACAGACAAGAACGGAUGGCACUGCAAUAUCUUCGGGAUUUAGAAAAUUCACCGUAUUGUAAACCAGAUGUCCAGUCAUUCUAUCCACUGCUCAAGCUGUAUUUUCAAGCUGGGGAGAUAGAGAGAUGCUUGACUAAUUUACUAGACGACAUGGUUAAGAAGCACCAUUUAUGUCUUGACUUGGCAACUUUCACACUUUUGAUUCAUGGGCUAUGCAGGGCUGAUAAAUGUGAGUGGGCGUACAGGCUUUUCCAGGAUAUGAUAGGUCAAAGCAUAAAACCUAGAUAUGUUACAUGUUCAUUGCUUUUGCAAGAAGUCAGACAGAAGAAUAUGUAUGAUGCGGCUGCAAUGAUCGAAGACUUCAUGAAGACAAUGAAAUCCUCCUGAAUGAUGACAAAUGCAGGUAAUUGUCACAAAGUAGUCGUAGCAAUUUUCCAUCUCACGUUUUUUCUUUUGCAUGAGGAUUCGUUCUGGGCAAGCCACAGUAGAUGCACAAAUUGGCUAAUUGUUUUGAUUUCAGUUUUUAAGUUAGAUCUUCUUGUUGUCUGUGUGGCACUACAUUUCUUGGAUUGAAAUUUGUGUCUAAUAGUGCAAUGACUCCCUACAUUAUUGUA